AAGAGUGUGGUGGCAGUUUCAGAGAUGUGGGUCUGAGUGGCGUUGAGGUGGGGUGGUGAUGGGAGGUUCGAUGGAAAUCCUCUGGGGACUGGAAAGUGAAAUUCCUGCCUGGAUGCAACAUCGGGACAGACCGCCUGUGAGAUGAUGGUGAUCACAGGGUUUUCUGGAGGAGGUGGAGAAAAGCUCAGAAGGGUGGUGUUCAGUGCUGGCUCUUACUGGUUUCUCUGGCCGGAUGGUGGGCAGAAGCUCUCCUCCUCUUCCUCAGUUUUAGGAGCGUUUUUGUGUCUUUAUGUGAAUUCAAAACACAAACCAGGAGGUUUUGGUCCAGAUUUAACGACUCAGCCAGGAGGUCAUGCCAGGCAGCCCAGAGAACAUCCCCCUGGGGGAGUGCACGCUCUCCCAGUCCCGGGAUCAGCUGACACCCCCGAGCCACACAGCCAGCACUGUGUUCACCUUGUCCCGGGAGUCCGUCUGGACCACGGAGACGCCCCGCAGCAGGGGUGAAGUUUACUGGUUCCCCAUUCACUUCAUGUCCACCGGAGGGAGCUUCCUGGCCUGUGGCAUCAUCAUCAGCGGCCUGUACUUCGCCGGCCACUGCAAGAAGGUCACCAACAUCCUGGGACCGGCCAUGCUGUCCAUUGGGCUGAUGGUUUUUGUGGUGGGUGUGGUCCUCAUCCCCAUCACCAAGGAGAACAGAAAGAAGUCAAAGGUGAAGAGAGCAUCCGGUCACUACAGACCCCCGGUGUUUAAUCUGUGAUCGUUCCCCAGGAAUCUUCAGUGUUUGGAUGCAGCUGUAAUGCAACAUGAGUCUUCGGCAGGGGAUUCUUUGCGGAAACCUUUUAUUUUCUGACUCGUUGUGGUGAAUUUAUUUUUUUCGUCCUUGAUUUGCCAAGACUGACCUGAAGUCUGCAUGAAAACAUUUGCAUCAGCCGCUGAACACAAGGACAACAAUGUGGUGUUUAAAAAGAAGUGUAAUCCUUCACUUGUUUUCACAUUUUAGUACAGAGGACAGAGCACUGACUCCUGCUGAAUAUUUCUGAAAAAAACUAAAACUAGUGAGCGUAGCAGUGCUCUAAAGCUGUUUGAACAUGUGGACUUAUGAAUGAUUAAAGAAGCUUUUAAUUGUCA